CUCCCUCUGGGCUUCCGUCCUCCGCCCGCGCCCGCCGGAGGCUGUUCGCGUCGACUGACCAGAGUCCGCGAAUCCUCCGCUCCGAGCCCUCGCCACCGCUCUGACCCCCAGCUUUUUAUUCUUCAAGAGCACUGAGAGCCAUGUCCCUGCAUCAGUUUUUACUGGAGCCAAUCACAUGCCAUGCCUGGAACAGGGAUCGAACCCAGAUCGCCCUGAGCCCCAACAACCACGAAGUGCACAUCUACAAGAGGAAUGGGAGCCAGUGGGUGAAGGCGCACGAACUCAAGGAGCACAAUGGGCACAUUACAGGCAUUGAUUGGGCCCCCAAGAGUGACCGCAUCGUCACUUGCGGGGCAGACCGUAAUGCCUACGUGUGGAGUCAGAAAGAUGGUGUUUGGAAACCCACCCUGGUGAUACUGAGGAUUAACCGCGCAGCCACCUUUGUCAAGUGGUCCCCCCUCGAGAACAAAUUUGCUGUGGGAAGUGGAGCCCGCCUCAUUUCUGUUUGUUACUUUGAGUCUGAAAAUGACUGGUGGGUGAGCAAGCACAUCAAGAAGCCGAUCCGCUCCACAGUGCUCAGCCUGGACUGGCACCCCAACAAUGUGCUCCUGGCCGCGGGGUCCUGUGACUUCAAGUGCAGAGUGUUUUCUGCCUACAUUAAGGAGGUGGAUGAAAAACCAGCCAGCACACCCUGGGGCAGCAAGAUGCCUUUCGGUCAGCUGAUGUCAGAGUUUGGUGGCAGUGGCACUGGUGGCUGGGUCCACGGGGUGAGCUUCUCUGCCAGUGGGAGCCGCCUGGCCUGGGUCAGCCAUGACAGCACUGUGUCCGUUGCCGACGCUUCCAAAAGUGUGCA